UCGACAAGCGUCAGGCGUGUACCGUGUAGCGCUAGUGGACUGAAUUUUUUGUACUUGUGAAUUGUGUUGUAUUUUACUAUGUUGAAUUUAUCGUACGACGUAAAAAUAUCAUAGGUUAUUUACAAAAAUCAUAAUUAGACAUAUUUAGUGAUUGUUAAAAGUUUAGAUAAAAUGGAGACAAGAAGGGAAGCUUUAUGCGGUUUCAAUGUGUGUCGGUUUUGUUUAUCUCCAGCGGGACCUUUACUAAAUUUGUAUGACAAAAAUCAAAUCUCAAAGGAAUCAACAAAUUUAAAAUUAAAAAUUUUAACAUGUCUAUCUAUAGAGAUUUUCCCUUCAGACAAAAUGCCACAGUAUAUCUGUGCUCGUUGCAAAUAUUUCAUGACAACAUUCUAUGAAUUCAAGAAAAUUUGUAGACAAGCAGAUGAAAUAAUAUUGAAUUAUCUGCAGAGGGGUACACCAUUGAGAACUAUGCCCUAUCCUAGGGUUCUUCAAAAACUGUUUAAGAAUAGCACUCACAUAAAAACAAUGAAGACAGUUGUUGAAGGUUCCACUGUCCAAGUUUCAUCUCAAGACACUUCUGAUACUGAAGAUGAAGAUGGCAAUGUAUAUAAUGUUAAGAUAAAUGGUCCAGAUGAUGAAAACAACACGGCUUGCAUUAAGGUGGUCACCAGUGCAGAACCUGAAAUACCCAAGGGAACUCGUAAAGACAGUACAGACAGAUCACCGGAAACGGAGGUUGAAGAAGGGUGUUUCGCUUGCAAUGAGUGUGACCGGACAUACCCGCUCGAGCAACUUCUACAGCUGCAUAAACAACAGAAGCACAGACCAAGAAACGUGGAGUGUGAACUUUGUGAUGCGAAAUUUUUCAACAAAUAUGAUUUGGCUGCGCAUCAGUUGCGUCACUCGGAUGAAAUGCCGUUCCAGUGUGUUGUCUGUCAGAAGAAAUUCAAACGACUCAUACUAUUGAAACGGCAUGAGAAAUUAGUGCACUCGGACCUGCCACAGCUGAAUUGUCCAAGUUGUCCCGCUACAUUUUUGUCACUGGACCAGCUCUCAGUGCAUCAACAGAAACACGUGGGGAGCGCUGAUCGUUCAUAUGUGUGCUUGCAAUGUAACAAAUCAUACAGCGAUAGAUCGGCACUCGCGAGGCACAAGUUGACAGUGCACGACAAAAACCCCGAGUUUGCCUGCCAGUAUUGCCCGGAGCGAUUUUCGUCAGUGUCCAAGCUAACCAGGCAUAUUCGGUCUCACGCAGGUGACCGGCCAUACCCCUGCAAGUUUUGUGAGAAAAGCUUCACCAAAUCACAACACUAUACUAGACAUUUGCGUGUAGUUCACCGCAAAAAUAGCACGGCCGCGAGCGAAGUGGAGGCAGAGAGUUACCGCUGCGAGGAAUGCGAGGAGACCUUCACGAGCCAGGAUGACCUGAUCUUCCACUCGGCGGUGCACGCAACGCAGAACCUGACCUGCCCGCUGUGCCAGGAGAAGUUUGCCACUGUCGAUGACGUCACCGCACACAUCAAGUCGCAUGUCAACGGUCUCGAGUUUAUGUGUGAUUUUUGUGAACUGGUCUUCACUAGCAAAGAGAAGUUGGAUAACCACAUUGCAUCUGCCCAUGAAGAAGAGUUUGAGAAUGAAAUGGAUCAAACCCAGGAAGACUCAAUGGAUGCUGAUCCCGAGGAUGAUGAAGAUGAUACAGGAAUACGAGUUAAGGAGGAUGGUGAUAAUAUGGUGAUAGAAAUUAACAAGGCACACGAUUUUAUGAUGCCAGAGGAUCAAGACGACAAUGAAGAUAGAAACGACAAUACCUAUUCGGAAGACAGCGAAGUAGACGCGACGUUUAUCGACAUGCCGUUGACUGAAGGCUCGCCGGUUAAGAAAGUGUCCAUUAUUGUGCCGGAGAAUACAUCGCCAGCAGUAGCGUCCGAAAUGAAAAUAAUUCCAGCUCAGAACAGAGUGCGGAAACAGAUGAAGACCAUGUCGCCAAAUGUCACGGCGUCGGCCGUACAGACUAAGAUUGCUGAAGCCGUUUCCACGCCGGCUAAAGAUCAAGCUAGCUUGUUGCCAAGCAAGCUAGAUGCUAAAGUUAAUGAGCAGGCUCCACAUAUUAUACGGAAAGCGGAAGAGGUGAAACGUAAGGCGCUACCGCAAGUUGAACCAAGUUCUGCCAAGAAGGUGAUCGCUAAGGCAGAGAGCAACAACGCCAGUGACAAGUCAUUGAGAUUGCUGGAGAAAGAGCUGCAAGACCUCAAGAGGACUAACUCGCGUACAGAAGCAUCUAAAACGCCACAGAGUAAGCCGACAGAAAUGUUGAAAGGAAAACAACGCUCCCAGAUUAUCACAUCCACUCCCAAAACAAGAUUGACAGAGGAAAAGAAAUCUCAGUUAUCAAGUAAGCCGGUCGCCAUCGAAAAGAAACAAGUGGAGCGUCGCGUGACUAAAGAAAAUAAGGAGCCAAAAGAGUCGAAGGAGACCAAGAACAAUAAUAAAGAGGAGGAAAAAGAACCGAAGGACACACCAAAGAGCGCCAUUAAAAAUGGAGAUACUGAUCAAAGUAACAGCGAAGAAAUCGUCCGACGGUCUACGCGACCUUCGCGGAUCAAGGACUACGCCAAGAUGAUAAGUGACACCAGCAAGGCGAACUCUGAUGAUGACGAUACCGACGCUGAUGACGAGGAGUACGUCGACACGUCAGCCACUGAGAAUCGCAGCAAACGUCGUACAAGUAUCAAACCCAAAGUUCAGAACUCAGCCACAACGACGGCGACUCCUGGGAGCACUCCGGGCGCCAGGAAACGUGGACGGCCACGUAAGGAACGCAAGGAAAUACCAAAAAAGGCAAAAAAGACCGACGAGGAAAGCGAAAAAGAGCAAGAGGAAGCAGAUAAGACACUAAACAAGGAAGGUGGUGCUGCAGAAAUGUUAGACGAUGGUGUCAAUGGAUCGCAGGUGAGGUGCCCUGGCAGCUCGAGUAGUUCUUCAUUGAACAACUUACUGGGACUGCUCGAACAAUCAUUGUCGAGAUUGCUAAGUCCUUCUAAGGCAUAUCCUGACGAUAAUCCUGAGAAACCUGCAAGCACCUUGUUAAAGUCACCGUCUGGACAAACACUUAAAAAGAUACCAAUGAAGACUUUACCGCCGGGGAUCAAAGCCGAACCGUUGCCUGCCGGUGCCAGAUCGGCAGUUGGACCAGUCGAAGUCAGCGAGAUGCACAUCGGCCAAAAGCUUGUGAAAGUUAAGAAAAUAGUCAUGACCAAGUCCGAGGUGGAACAGAUGGCCAAACGUGGGCUUGUGGAGAUGAAGAAUGGAACUAUGGUUUUAAAGCAAGGCAUUAAGCUACCACAGGCCGAAUCAGAAGUUAUCAAAGGAUCUAAAGAACUCCAGUCAGCGCUACCAAUGCGGUGUAAUUUCGAUGAAAAUCAAGCUACCUAGAGUAGGUUUACAUUAGUUAUUAAAUGUAUCAUAGGAAAUAAUAAAUGUAUAAUAUAAGUAUAUAUACAAUGAAAUUGUACUGGAAACAAUAAGUACACGGGGCGACAUUAGCGUUGCCCUUUCUUCUUAUAUGUUUAAUGAUCUUUAAGCUGAUGAUUAAGUUGAAUAUGUAAUAUUAUGUAUAGGUUUAAAAAUAAUAGAUUUUUGUAGUGAAUUAUAACAAAAUAAUUCAGUUAAGUGUCAUAUUUGCAGUAUAAAUGGCAGAUUUCGGACGUGUAAUAAUAAUAUUAGUAUCUUCAUUCUUAAUUUUUUUGAAUAAAUAUUGAUUUUUUAAAGUAUAUAAUAAGCUUGGAUAAUUUAUACGUCUAGAUAGAACCUCUUUCUGCGAGACAACCGAUGAAAACAGCCAGGUUUAUUACUAUAGUGUACGUCUUACAUUCGCGAUUUGUAUGCCAUUUUAUUUGCGUUAGUGUGUGUAUACUGCUCGAAAUAGAGGUUUCCUGUCACCCUCAAUUUUUUCGCCGUUUUCACACUUGUCACAGUCUAUGUAGACGUAUAAAUAAUCUAAUGUAACUAGAUGUUUAUUGAGUAAGUGACAUAAGAUAAUGUAGUUAUGAUAACAUCAAAACGUCAGAGUACUACAGUAGCUUUCUAAUCGAAAUAGUUAAGGCGAACAUUUCCCAUUCACACAAUACAAGUAAUCCGUUAUAUAUAAAGUUUUCGGAGUUAGGCUUUAGUUUUACUAUGCAAAGAAGUAUAACUUCUUAAGUAUAUGCACAUUUUUUAUAAAUAAACUAUUAUUACUAGUUCGUUAUUUGCCAGAAGCCAACUUCCAGACAUGCUGUAAGAAUAAAAUUAGUACUAAAUUACUAAAUGGUUACAUUAUCUCUGGACUUGACGUUGAUGACGUCACUUCGCCAUUUUGUUACGGUGUGCAAAACAAGCAUCACUAGGACAUUAUUAUUAUUAAUAAAUAAACAACGAUUUAUUUUCUUCAGUAUAUAUUGAUGCAAAGGUUUGUGUUGUGAUCCUGAUUAUUAUUAUUAUUCAUUAUAAAAAUAAAUUGAAAAAGAAAUGAAAGCAUCAAGGUUAAGUACAAAGAGUAUUUAUUUUUCUGGCAGUACUAUUAUCGGGACACGGAACAAAAGAAACUACAGAAUUAUUAACAGCAAGUCAAAACGUAACAAUGAAAACUUGAAAAACAAAGCAGUGAUAGCAUGAAAAUAUCACGAUAUGUAUCUAAAGUUAAUGAAACUGCAAACCGUACUGAUGCAACGGGACGAGCGCGAGGUGAUGAAAGGGGAACGGGAGGGGGCAUUACGUUCUAGCGAAGUCCAGAUAUAAUGUGGUCGUGUUGUAAGUACCGAUGUAUGUAAAUUGUCAAGUUAAGUCAAGAUUAGUUUUUAUCUGGACUUUUAUUAUUGAAUAAGAACAAAAAUCAUUUUAUGUGAUAUUUUACUAUGAAUAACAAAGUCGGUAUAUAACAUGAAAUAAAUAAUAUUAUUACAUUUUAAUUGUGACGCGUGGUAUAAUUUCCUUAUAUUUAUGCCCUGUUACAAAUGCUAUGAACUCGGGUGGACUGGCGAAGGGGUUAACUCUAACGUUUGUUCUUAAUAACAAUUUAAAUUUUACAUUCACUAGUUUUCGCCCAAUCGUCCAUGGUAAUUGCAACGUGGCUGUAAUGUAGUGAGUAACCGUGACAGCUUAAAAGCGUGUUUUUUUUAUUCCUAUACAUGUACCCCCUUGUUCAUAAUGGUCAGCUAACUUUAAACAGCCGCUUAGGAGUGUUUUUGCUCAUCCUGACUUAGGUCAAUAGAAGAAGACAGAGUGAGAAUUAGCAAUGUUUUAAGUUAGCAGACUAUUAUGAAUAAGGGGAUUAAUAUAUAUUGUAAUAUUAAUAUACAUUUAUUAUAAUGCACUAUAGAUUAUAAGUAUUGCAUCAAUACCUAAAACGUAAAUCAUGAUUCAUGAGUUUAUAUUUAAAUUAAAUUUUAUGUCUUUAAUCUCUGUACAGAUGAUGAUUUGCAUAAUUGUGAGAGGAAAUAAAGUUUAUACAUUAA